AUGGCGUGUUUAUUUUCUUUCCUGGUCGUACUCGUUAUCCUAAGUUUAUCAUCUGCUAGCCCUACUAAUGAUGGACGACGGAUGAAAAAACAAGUACGUUUUUGAGAUUAGUUAAUUGUUAAACCUUCAACCGAAUUCUUAGCUGUCAACUCUGUCGUUUCACCCAGUGAUUUCGGAGACUUGCAAGACUGAAUUGCUAUUUUUAAUCCAAAAAGGUCGUGGAUUUUGAUAUCGACAUCAGCGAGGGUGGAACUGGCUACACUGAAAAGAUCGAGGUGGACCUUGAAAAACAAACGGAAUUGUUUCAAGUACCUACUCAUCCUGGCGUAGAUCGCAGUGAUGUGCUACAUGAUUUCAAAAACGUAAGUAAUCCCACUUACGUAUUGAUAUCUAAUCCUUCACUUUAUCACAUUAAAAGGGGGAGAUUUUUUAAAGAAGUCAUUUGCAGAUUCAUAGCGCAAAUCGACGCAGAAAGGAAGUUAUAGUUGGCACAAGUAAAAUAGCGAAGUCGCAGUUAGAAAUAAAAUUACUGUAGCAGGGCGCUUUGUUCGAACAUGGCACAUGUGGUCUCUCACAGAUUGAUGGAGGUUGAGCGAUUGAGUCGAAAUAACUUCAAGAAAAUACAAUUACGUUAUAGUCACAUUCUUCCACAAUAUUACGUUUUUGUCUCAUAUUUCUUUCCAUUAAUCAUGACAUUUUCCUGUUUCAGCCCUAACACGUAUGCUGUUUUCCAAACCUGUAUCACACUCCUCCACCAUUUUCCAACCAUCAAUCCUCUUCCUUAUUUCUUUCACUCUUUUUUCUGUGGUUAUCAUUUCUGUUUAUUCUGUUAGGAUUUGACAAUGUUACGCUUUCCGGAAAGCAAGAUCUGUUACCUGUUUCCUCUCGUAAAACGGCAGUCGAGGCCAGAGAAGCUAAUGAGAGAUCACAUGACGGCCCAGAAGGUGAGAAAGAACACGUCAUUUUCCAAAUAGGAAAAAAACUUAUCAAGAAUUUCCCUCCUCACUUAGGCGCAAAAAUUGGCCCUGAAGGUCUCAGAAUUAAGCGCUCGAUCCCUUUGCUUUCCAAGAUUUCUCCCUUGUCCCUUAAAAGACGACUAAUCCUCACUCCGUUCCCCCUUCCCCUCACACUCUCCCCUAAGUGAUAAAUAAGGACUGGUUCCUUAGCCCGCGAGCUCAGAAAUAAGCGACAUGAGACAAAACAAUGCAGCUCCGUCUACAUCAGAGACACAGGCUGGCCGAGAAUCCAUGCAUUCUGCGCAUUGAUUUGAAAUAGAAAAUGAAAUAUACCGUUUUGUAGUGAAAUAUUUAUCAAUUUACGUCUAAGUGAAUCGUUGUCUAUGUAUUCAACCAGAUGAAUAUUACAGAGACAGAACGCGUGUACAGCAGGUGGGUUUUGGAUGGAGAAGUUACUGAUCGAUCGUGGCUUGGUGAAGAGCUGAACGACUUUUGCGCUCAGUACACGAUAUACCACGUGACUGAGGAACGGGAACACGAUACCGAAGAACAAACUGAAAGUGAGACAUCAAUGAGUCUUAAACCUUUAAACUCCCAUAAGUGAUCAAGACGGAAUUUCUCUUAACAAAAUCAAAAAAAAUAUCAAGUAGACAAGUAAUGAGAAUCAAGAAAAAUAUCAAUCAGGGAAUUAUUAGUUGAUCCAAUAUCAAAUUCUCCAAACUAACAUCAAAAGAAUUGUAUGGUACACAGGAAGGAGAAUUACCCAUGAGAUCUUGGAGUUUAAAGAUUUAUAAUAUUCCCAGAAAUAAGUCAGUCCUGGUUCCCUAAUUCGCACAAGAAUGUUUUUUUUUUCAAAGAAACCUUAAUUUAAGGCUUGAAAAAUGCUAAAACUGAUUUUCAAGUUACUCCAACAAGUCAAUAAAAAAAACCAAACAAACAAAAACAUAAACAAAACAAUGUUGUGUCUCACCAUUUUGAAUUUCUUCGACAAUCAAUUGAAAAUUGAAAAGGUAAUUUCGCAUAAAUAAUGAUGGGUUAACUUGACAGAUUAUAUCUUCUAUGUCAAAUACGUAUUUUUUUUUCUUCUUCUCCUUCAGGCGGAACAUCGCCAGAUAGGGUAAAACGUCAGUCUGUGAGUGCUUUGGAUGAUACAAAACUGUGCCGCGGGGGAAUGGACCUGAAUACCUCCCUUCAAGUAUGUGCCAAGUCCAAAAGGAAAUGCAGAGAAACCUUUGGGUGUUACCAGAUUGAGAAAUGUCGCGAGGCGAAGAAACGCGAACGGCGUUCGUGGGCGGGAUUCUUCGGUUUUCUUGGUCAUUACGGUCGUUACGGUCGUUACGGUCAUCAUCGCUUGCAAUGGUACAAUCCGCGUUAUGCUCCACCCGCACAAAGAAAAAAACAGAAAAAAGUCGAACGUCCACGCUGUUGGAAUGUACACGACACCAGACGAAUUAAAUGUUGCGAAUACAUUUGUGAGAAGAUUGACAGACCAACAACACCAACCGUAGAAACAGAGGAAAACACAGAAUCACUCUUAGAAGUGUUGCUGGGCCGUCUUUGAAUAUUCGGCCAGUAGCUAUGUAUUGAAAGGUUUUACGAAAAUCAUGAUGCCUUGAAAGUCUUAAAAUUGGUUAUUUUGCCGAGAUGGCAUUUAGCCUUCAAACAAACUUGAUAGUCAUUUUUUUUUUCCCUAAAGAUACAGUGAAAACCAGGUAAUCGGAUAAUUUUGAACACCUAGCUAUAAAUAAUCAGAAAAGCUUAGUUUCUUUGCUUUUCCUGUUUAGUUUCUUUGCUUCCUGACUUCUCGAGGUGACUUCGCUUGUAACUGAAUUCACCCCUACGAGAUAAAGAAAAUAUCAAUCACUCGCGUGAUAUUUUCUCUCCGAGUAUAAAACUUAGUAUCUAGAAUUUUAUAGUGGAGAGAAAGAGCUUUUAUGCUUUUGUUUCCUACUGUGUUCAAAUUUAAUUACAGUUUGCUGGUCGCCUGUUGUUUUAAUAAAAAGUUUUUUGAAACGA